GAAAGCCGCUGUGCCGGGGCGGAGACCGGGCUGCGGGCUGGCGGCUGCUGCGUGCCCGCGGACUUCCCGUCUGCGCCGGGCGGCUGGCCUCUCCGGCCAAGUGGGGAGUGGACGGCGGGCGGCGGGCAGCGGGCGGGCAGGUGGCCCCGGGCCGCCGCGCCCGCGCCUAAGCUCUGCCCCCGGGAGCUUAGCGAGCCGCUGCUCCCUCGUGGUGUGAGGGCGGUGAUGUUUUUCCUCCCACCCACUUUUGAGUCCUCCCUCCCCCCUCGCGCGCACUCUAGCUCUCGCCACAACCUGCGAGCCCCAGACCUCGGAGGAGCGCCCCGGGGAGCUCGGAGCGCGUGCACGCGUGGAAGACGGAGCAGGCCAGUGGCCAGCCGCUUCAAUACACCAGGCCCUGAAAGUUUUGAGUGGCCUUUUGCAGUGGCGAAGAUGAGAAAGAAGUGGAAAAUGGGAGGUGUGAAAUAUAUCUCCUCCUUGUUGCUGUUCUUUCUUUUCCUAGAAGGAAGCAAAACAGAGCAAGUAAAACAUUCAGAGACAUACUGUGUGUUUCAAGACAAGAAGUACAGAGUGGGAGAGAGAUGGCAUCCUUACCUGGAACCUUAUGGGUUGGUUUACUGUGUCAACUGCAUCUGCUCAGAGAAUGGGAAUGUGCUCUGCAGCCGAGUCAGAUGUCCAAGCCUCCAUUGCCUUUCCCCCGUGCAUAUUCCUCAUCUGUGCUGCCCGCGCUGCCCAGAAGAUUCCCUACCACCGGCGAACAAUAAGGUGACCAGCAAGUCGUGUGAGUACAACGGGACCACUUACCAACACGGUGAGCUGUUCAUGGCUGAAGGGCUCUUUCAGAACCGGCAACCCAAUCAGUGUACCCAGUGCAGCUGUUCGGAGGGGAAUGUGUACUGUGGUCUCAAGACUUGCCCCAAGUUAACCUGUGCAUUCCCAGUCUCCGUUCCUGAUUCCUGUUGCCGGCUGUGCAGAGGGGAUGGAGAAUUGUCGUGGGAACAUUCUGAUGGUGAUAUCUUCCGGCAACCUGCCAACAGAGAAGCAAGACAUUCCUACCAACGCUCUCACUAUGACUCUCCACCAAGCCGACAGGCUGGUGGUCUGCCCCGCUUUCCUGGGGCCAGAAGCCACCGAGGAGCUCUUAUGGAUUCCCAGCAAGCAUCGGGCACCAUCGUGCAGAUUGUCAUUAACAACAAACACAAGCACGGACAGGUGUGUGUUUCCAAUGGAAAGACCUACUCCCAUGGCGAGUCCUGGCACCCAAACCUCCGAGCAUUUGGCAUUGUGGAGUGUGUGCUGUGCACUUGUAAUGUCACCAAGCAAGAGUGUAAGAAAAUCCACUGCCCCAAUCGAUACCCCUGCAAGUAUCCUCAAAAAAUAGAUGGGAAGUGCUGCAAGGUGUGCCCAGGUAAAAAGGCAAAAGAAGAACUUCCAGGCCAGAACUUUGACAGCAAGGGCUACUUUUGUGGAGAAGAAACAAUGCCUGUGUAUGAAUCUGUGUUCAUAGAGGAUGGGGAGACCACCAGAAAAAUAGCCCUGGAAACAGAGAGACCACCUCAGGUAGAGGUCCACAUUUGGACCAUUCGAAAGGGCAUCCUCCAGCACUUCCAUAUUGAAAAGAUCUCCAAAAGGAUGUUUGAGGAACUCCAUCACUUCAAGCUGGUGACCAGGACGACCCUGAGCCAGUGGAAGAUCUUCACCGAAGGAGAAGCUCAGAUCAGCCAGAUGUGUUCAAGUCGUGUGUGCAGAACAGAGCUUGAAGAUUUGGUCAAGGUUUUAUACCUGGAGAGGUCUGAAAAGGGCCACUGUUAGAUGAGACAGACAGUAUUGGAGAGGGUAAAGCAAGAAAACUCAAGCUGCAGCUGGACUGCGGGCUGAUUUUGCUUAAGUCAACAGUGUCCUAAAACCCCAGACUCAAAUGCAGUUCAUUAUUCACGCCAUGCACAGCAUAACUCGCUCCUCUGUGUGCAGUGGUGUGUCAGUCCUCAGACACCUCCUGCCAGGAGACUAGAAGAGUCUUGAAUUAUUUGUGGGAGGAAGAGGGAUAGAACACCACAGCACUGCUCUAGUUUCUGGGAGAAUCACAUUUCUUUACAGGUUAAAGAGUAAACAAAACCCUAGGGUUUCUAUCUAGGAAGUUACUCCAAUGAAAGAGAAGAGACGAGAAUUUGCUUAGUAGAAGUUGUGUAGUACACAGAAAAUAUUAUACUCUUUGAAUUUUAGGAUGUCUUGUGUUUUUAAGAAAAAAUUAACUCCCCAUCCUCAUUGACACAGACGCAUGCAUACGCGCAAGGGUGCGCACGUGCACGCACACACACA